CGUUUGUCCUUUCCACUCGCAGCACUGAAGCAGAAAUGAACCGGACGUUUCAAUUCCCCGUGACUAGCAAAAAGAGGUCUUCCUUUUUCAGCCCGAUUUUAAAGCAUACCAUUUAUCGCAACAUGACAGCUUUGCGGAGUAAUAAUUCUGAGACAAGUCUGUACACAUAAACAAAUAUUUUAGCUGGAGAACUACUGAGAUUUAAUCAUGAACUCGCUUGAAGUCCAUGCAAUCUAGUAAUCUACACAGGAGUAUGUAAAUUGACGGUAUUCUGCAGUAUUUUGAAGUAUUUAGAUAAUUUUUAUAGUUACAGGUAACCGAAGUUACAGAUAUUAAAACAUUUUAAUGAGAAAAAAUUGAAGCUUCUGUCUGGAAUAUCUUCCCUGCGCAGGACGAAGUCUCCGUCUGUAUUUGACUGUAACCAAAUGAAAAUGAAACAAAACGUCACCACCAAUUUACUAAAGUUAUAUGUUGCGGCUGAUUUUCAAUGAUUCGUAUUUUAUAUGUAUACAUUUGACAUUGGUAUUAAUAUUUUUUGCUUGAUUCUCUAGUCAGUAUCUUCCAGCAAAGUUUUAUUGUGGUUUGAUGUACAUUUGAUAAAUACGUAUUUUUUGUAUGUCUUUGAUUAUAGCCCUAAUUUAUUCGGGUUUAGUCGGAUAUCUACAUGGAAUUAAAAGUCAUUGUUGUUUUUUAUUUGAAAGAUAUCUAAAAUUGAUUUUGGUCUGGAAAAUACGGAAAGUUUUUAAGCAUUCGGUCAUUAUGCGUUUUAGAUGUCUUAACACUUUGAAAAAUAUUUAAAACGCACGAAAAAUACUUAAAACGAAGGUCAACGCACGAACGGGAAGUGAUAUUUGUACUGUAUUCUAAAUUAAUCUUUUAGAAAUGUUUUCAAAUAGUUGUGGGGGCUAACGCUGGAACAACAACCGGAUGUAAAACAAGCGGUCGUCCAUUACGAAACGCAUUUACUGCAGAAAACAAGACUAAGACAAAACCUGCAGAAAGUCUCACUUUUUCACCGUUCGUGAUAUUUAAAGCUUAUUUAUGACAAAAUCUCGGUUUCUUUUCCACGCUUUGAGGUGCUACAUCUUUAGAACUAUAAGUUAUCGUUCCGUAUGUCUUCAGAAGCUUGAAUCGACCAAGUUUACAGUUUCUACCGGUUUAAAACAUUCGAUUUUACGUGCUUGUCCCUAACUAGUUACGUUGUUAAUAAAAUUUAAACUACUAAAACGGUUUAGUUUAACGUAUUACAGAUUCAUUUUCCGGAUUGCUAUAGGCCCAAUUAUUUGCACCAAAACCCUGAAAUUCAGCAAUCAUUCAAUCAUAUCAAAAUCUCAAGUUUGUCUAAAUACUAAACUAAAUAUUUUGGUGGCAGUCCCUGAUUUAACAAGUCUAAGACAGGCAAACAACAAUGUGUACUAGUCACAAACAACAACAAAUAACGUGCAAUAAUCACAGAUGACUAUUAAGUAAGUUGCAAUAAUCAACAGCAUUUUAAGCAGUAAUGAGAAACUAAAUUACCAGUGAAACAAUGGAUGCAGCCAGAAUGCAUACAUUGCACAAGAGGGUCAAUGUUAUGUGUGUUUUUGUGAGUGUGUAUGACUCUCCAUGUGUACACCCACCAUUGGAGGCAGCAUCAGACGGUGUUCAGCAGUUUAACAGCAAGGGGGAAGAAACUAUUUUUUUAGUCUUGUGAAGAUGUGUGAAGAAGAUACCAUGAAAUGCCUUCCAGAGAGCAGCAACUUGAAAAGACAAUGCAUCCGACCCAGGUGUUACAGCAAAGCAGAUAUGGAUCGACGUGCUUGUUGUAAAAGAGCAGCUAUGUUUGACCUUUAUAGACAAUGGGAAUGGGAUGACUCCAAGUAAACUACACAAGAUGCUGAGUUUUGGUUUCACAGACAAGGGCAACAGCAAGACCAGUCAGCCUAUUGGUGUGUAUGGCAAUGGUUUCAAAUCCGGCUCAAUGCGUUUGGGAAAGGAUGCGUUGAUCUUCACCAAAAAUGGAGGCUGCAUCUCUGUGGGAAUGCUCUCCCAGAGCUACCUGGAGGCGGUUAAUGCCCAGGCUGUAGUCGUGCCCAUCGUGCCCUUCAACCAGCAGACCAAAAAACUUGUGGUAACAGAGGACUCAGAAGCAAGUCUGCAGGCUAUCCUGACACACUCCCUGUUUAGCUCACAGGAAGAACUCUUAGAAGAGCUGGAAAGCAUCCCGAGUAAGAAGGGUACUAAGAUCCUGAUCUGGAAUAUUCGCAGGAACAAGGAUGGGAACCCAGAGCUGGACUUUAACACGGAUAAAUAUGAUAUUCGAAUGCCACCAAUCCGUCCUGAGGACAUGGGAGCAGGUGGAAGGAAGAGGUGUUUUGGCCCUCAAAGGACAGAUCAGACCACACCAGAAAUGGACUAUUCUCUGAGGGCUUAUCUCAGUAUCCUGUACCUAAAGCCGCGGGCACAAAUCAUCUUGCGGCAGAAAAAAGUCCUGACCAAGCUAGUUUCCAAGAGCCUGUCCAGUAUUGAAAACGAUGUUUACAAGCCUACCUUCAAUAACAAGAAGGUUAAAAUAACUUUUGGUUUUAACUACAAGAAUAGGGAACACUUUGGGAUUUUGAUGUACCACAGGAAUCGGCUCAUUAAAUCUUAUGAGAAAGUGGGUUGCCAAGUCAAGUCAUCUGGCCAAAGAUCAGGAGUUGGUGUUGUUGGAAUCAUUGAGUGCAAUUUUCUGAAGCCAGCACAUAAUAAGCAAGACUUUGAGUAUACCAAGGAGUAUAGACUGACACUGGCAGCACUGGGUAUGAAACUCAAUGACUACUGGAAGAAAAAGAGAGAACAAAAGUCGAAAGAGAAAACACUUCGGGCCUUGGCGAGAAAGAGCAAGAAAGAAGGGAUAAAUAGAGAGGAUGAGAAAUAUGAAGACGAGGAAGAGCAGGAGGAGGAAGAAGAAGAUUGGAUUCAGUGUGAGGACUGUCUGAAGUGGAGAAGGUUGCCACCAGGAGUGAUCGCAGGAUCAUUACCAGAAAAAUGGACAUGCAGUCAGCACCCUACCUCCUGCUUAAGAAGCUGCUUACUUCCAGAAGAAGCAGAUGAGAGUGAUGAUGAGUUGACACCAAGUUACCAGAAAGCAUCUAAAAAACAGGAAAAAGAAAGAAAAAACAGGUUGCAAGAGAAGGGAGAGGAUCAUUGUAGCCUGUCAGCCGUCAGUGACCACGCAGAAAGUCCUGAAGUAGAGGAGUCAGAGUCUGACUGCCGACUCCCUAAUGCUGAAGAGGAUGUCACAUCACCGAGCAGAAAGAGGAAAGCAACUCAUUCUGAAAAUUCCAUGGAAAAAAGAAAAUUCUGUGUGACUGAAAUUCAGAAGGACAAAGACAGCGAGAGAGAAAAAACAGGCGAUGGAGAUGUAGAGAGAAUUGACACGGGAGAGAUAGAGGGAGAGGCUGAUGAUACAGGUGUGGUCUUAUUUGGAAAACUGGUCACACCAGUCGAUAUGACUAAAAAGGAUCAAAAUAAGUUUGCUUCAGCCUUGACCUGGGCUCAUGCCCCUGCCCCAACCCAAACAGUCAUGGUACCCCCACUCAGCAGAACAGAGGACCAGACUCCAAUUCCCUUCUCCUCAGAGGGCAUGGACUCGGUGGCAGUGCGCCAAAGGCUAGCGCAACUGGAGAGGGAGGCAGACAAGCUGCGCAGGAUUCUGGGAAAUGCCCCCCUCAAUAGCAGUCCUGUUAGGGAUGAUUCCUGCCACCCACCUGCCUUGGAUAUGCCUACUCAAGACAAAGAGCUGCUAAGUCAGGGGUCGAAUGAGGCUACUGGAAAGUUGUUAUCCUUGGCUACAGAGAGAGACAAGUACAAAAAAGAGGUAUCAGAAUUGCAGCAGAGAUAUAUGCAGCUACAAGAGACCUGGGAGAAAGAGCACCAGGAACUGCUCCUUCUACGGGAUCAGUUGUCAGGACCCCAGGGAUUCUGCUGGGGGAAAAAGCUGCAGUUGCAUGACCUGGAGGCUAAGAUAGAUAGAUUGCAGGGUGAAGAAGAGGAUCUGGGCAGCAGACAGAGGCAGGAUGAGAAGAGGCUCAAUCAGAAGGACACCCAAGACCAGAGCACAAGCAUGCUUAACACCAAUGAAAGCAUCACCCUGAAAAAUCUGCGUGAAGUCAGGCAAAACGUGGUCUCCUUGCUUUCCUCAAUUCUGCCCCACCUUGACCUGCAGGAUAUCAGCUACGACACUGAUGAUGUGGACAGCAUCCUUCGACAGAUCAUUGAGGCUAAUGGACUUCAGUCAGGUCUGCAGAACUAAAUGGCAGCCAUCAUGGCAGCUAUGACGAUGAUGGGAACAUAAUACAAAUGCUACUGCAUCAGUGUCAUACCUCUGACACUAUGUCAAAUUUACAAUGUAAUGAGUAGAAAUGAAACUGCAAAAGCUCUCCGGAGAUCUGAGAAUGCAUAUUUUAUUAUUUCUUGCUUUAUAAAAGAUAAUGAUGAUUUCAAUGGCAUUCCAACCACUUUUGUAGACUGGGUUGGUAAGACAUGCUGUUUAGAGAUGUUAAUAUUAUGAAAGCAUUAAGAAACAUCAUCCAAGUACACCUUCAAAAAAAACACUGCAAGACCAAAGAGUACUGUAGCCUGGCGUAGCUGUCAAAUGACCCAGUCUUUGGAAAAGCGUUCGUCUGGUUCUUUACCCAUGUCUAUUUUAAAAGUUGAAGCACAUCCAUAGAUUUUAAUUUUGCUUUUGAGCUUUGUGCAUUUUCAGUUGUCUUAUGCAAUUACUAUCAGUACCACCAGUUCUUAAAUAUAAAGAAAGUCAUGAUUUUGGUGAAAUAUCUCAACCUUCUGUACAAUAGUUUUUUUCCUUUAAAGGUAUUUUUUAUGGACAGGCAUGUCGCAUCAAACUACCAAUAUUAUCCAUACAGUCUACUUACAGUAGUUAUUACUAGAGGUAUGUCAUUCAAACACAGGGAACCCUCUGUGGUUGGCCGUAAGUCCUUUCUGUGUGGAGUUUGCAUGCUCUCCCUGUGUUCGUGUGGGUUUCUGCUGGGGGUCCGGUCCAGUUUCCUUCCACCGUCCAAAAGCGUGCAGGGUAGGUUGAUUGGCGAGUCUAAAUUGGCCCUGUAAUUGUGUGCAUGUGAGUGUGGCUGUGUGUGUGUGCGCCCUGCAGUGUGUCGGCGUCUGCCCAGGGUUGGUUCCUACCUGCACCCCUUGAUCCCAGGAUAGGCUCCGCCCCCCAUGACCCCAGUUGGGAUUAAGCGGUUAUGGUGAUGGAUGGAUGGGUGGAACUCUCUUUACAAAUACAAUGCUUGUAGUAGACACUUAAAACAAUGUUACAGACUUUUAUGGAUGUGAGUUUCCAGUUGGAGCAGAACAAAUUGAUCAUUUCAAACUGAUCAUGGCAAAUCAAUUCUACGUAUUUUAUUUACGUGGUACUGUGCCAUAGUCUUAGGCAAAGACUGCCAUUUUGGUUCCUAAACCUCUCCUCGAGGGGAAUAAAGCCCUGUGCAUUUGUUCAAUUUCAGCACCAGCUUACUUAAUUAACUUAAUGUGUCACCUUAAUGUGGUAUUGAUUAGUCAAACAAGGUAGGGUAGUAGUUGAGUUAAAAAACAUUGGUGUAUUGGAUAGUUGGUACAAAUACUGGGGUGACUUUAGGAGAGGUUUUAAAAUAGCUAAGCUGACACACUUUGACAUGAUAUGAUAAUUUUACUCCGACAUGGAGAUCCUUUAAGCAUCAUUUUAUUUUAUUGCUUAAGAUGUUUGCAAAGUACUAUGUUCAGGGUUCCCACGGGGUUUGGAUUUGAAGGCCACUACCACUCCUAUUUGGUACUACAGAAGAAGGUACUUUUCAGUGAAAAAACACGUGAUUAAGUGUCUUUAAACAACUGUCCAUUAUGUGUAUCUCUCUGGAUAAGUUGGUAUCAUGCUCAGGGUGUUCUGUUGCAUUGUGGGAAUUCUUCUUCGGGUAGUGAUAAUAAGUAAUAAUAGAUCAGUAUCUAAAUAAAUAGAUGAAAAUACCAAUUUAGAAAAGGUUUUUCUUUAUUUCGAUGGAUGGCCAAAAGAACACCGCUUCGGUUCCCACACCUUUCUUCAGGAGCACCCAGUCACUCCAUAUAUUCUUUAAAUUUCACCACCAGCUGUUAAAUAAUUUGAUGAGAUACUGAUUAGCCAAACAUGGUAUGAAAAAUAUAUGGGCAUACUGGAUAGUUACUGCAAAUACAGGAGUGAUUUUAGGAGAGAUUUUGAAAUGACCAUUUAAACAUAAUUUUCGUUUAGUCAAGCAUAAAAGACCUGUGCACAUUAUUCUUAGCUUUUUCAUUCUUUUCAUGACACCAUUAUUAUAAUCACUGGACAAUAUAGAAAUCAUUCAUUACAGAAUUGAAGGAUUAAUAUAAAUGAAUUGUUUAUAUGCUGGGGACUCCAAGUGUCCAUGUGGCAUAUUUGGGUAAUAUCAAUUGUAGUUAAUGCUAUCAUUCUUCAAAAUAAAGCAAUCAUCUCAUAAGUGUAUACAUUAUUGCCCUUUGGAGCUGCAGUGCUGACAAACCAAACAUAAUGUUGGAUACAUCUUGCGAAAUGUUUGUGAACCUUUGGUUUAGCAGAAACUCGUGAGCUUCCAAGCUGAUAUCUUUUCACUGGAAUUUUAGCCUUGUUUUCUAUGCUUUCUGGGAUAGUUUCCAGGUCCCCACAAACCCCGAAGAGGUAGGUGGAUGAAGUUGAGAAAUUCGAUAAAAAGCAGUGUUUUUGUUGACAUGAAUUAUUAACAAGAACAUUAUAUAAUGCAUGACGCAUUAUUUGCCUACACAGGAAUAUACACAAUUUAAAUUGAAAAAGGCUUUAUAUAUGUUGUAAAUAUAAAUCAUUCAUUUAUAUUUUUCCCAAAUUUAUUUGCAGAAUAUUUAAAAAUAAAUUAUUAAUGUAUUAAUUCUUCUCUUUUGAUGUAUCGUACAAUGGAUUAAUCAUCUGAGCACUUCUGUAGCUGACAUGUUCUGGUGUUGUACUGGAAGUCCAACAUGUAGAGGGUGAACAGGUAGGGAGACAGGAUGGUUCCCUGAGGUGCUCUAUCAUUGCUCAUCACCUACUCCAACACACAUUCCCAGAGUCUCACAAACUUCCCUCUGUUGGUCCCGUAGUCCAUUUUCCAGGAGACUCUGGGGGCAUGAAGCUGCAUCCUUCUGAGCUUGUAACUCAGUCGGAGAGGCUUGAUGGUGCUGUGAUGCUGGCUUUGUCCACAUGGCAGAAGCAAACUGUUCAUCGCUUACUAUUUAAAGAUGAAUUAUAUCUUUUUCUGCUAUUUCGGAGAAAAUAUUUUAGUGACAGUCUGAUAAAAAAACUAAUUUAAUUAAAAUAUGAUCUGCACUAGGAGCGGCAUGGUGGUGCAGUGGUUAGCAAUGUUGCCUCACACCUCUGGGACCCGGGUUCGAGUCUCCGCCUGGGUCACAUGUGUGUGGAGUUUGCAUGUUCUCCCCAUGUCAUCGUGGGGUUUCCUCUGGGUACUCCGGUUUCCCCCCACAGUCCAAAAACAUGCUGAGACUAAUUGGAGUCACUAAAUUGCCCGUAGGUGUGCAUGCGUGGGUGAAUGAUGUGUGAGUGUGCCCUGCGAUGGGCUGGCCCCCCAUCCUCGGUGGUUCCCUGCCUCAUGCCCAUUGGGAUCUGGGAUAGGCUCUGGACCCCCGGUGACCCAGUAGGAUAAGUGGUUUGGAAAAUGGGUGGAUGGAUGAUCUACACUAUAUGGACAAAAAUAUUGGGAUCCCAGGCCAUUACACCUGCAAGAACUUUUAUCACAUCCCAUUCUAAAUCCACAGGUAUCAAUGUGGAGUUGGUUUCUGUUUAACAUUUGCCUCUCUUCUGGGCAGGCUUUCUACAAGGUAGCAUUUUUAUGGAUAGACAUAUAUUUGUGUUAUAACCUUCGGUUGUAUUAGUUACACUGAUGAAAGACUGAUGUCAGUCUUUCAUUAAUAUACCGAUAAUAAAUGUUUGUAUUUUAACAUAAUACAUUGUCACCCUCUACUGCAUUAAGUCUGACCUUGAAGUGUAACAGUCGGCUUCAAGGCCAGUUUCUACCAAACACCAGAAGAUUUGUCGGGAUCGGUCCCUGUCCUGCCCUGGUCCAUGUGUCGUUUCCCCAUUUGGACAAUUGGUGUUGCUUUAAUUCCUAGUGUGUGCUUUUGUUCCUGGACCAGCUGUGUGGUUCAGUAGGCUGUGUGUGCAGCUAUUGAGGGUAGAAGCCCUAAGGUCUGGGGUUCGAGGUUUGCUAGAAGCCAGCCUCAACCAUUUAUAAUUUAACAUUUGUUUUUUUGUUGUAUGCCCCUGGGUAGGUUAUGUUGUAUUUCUGUUACUUUUUUGUUUUUCCUUCUUAACCCCUGCUUGUACUUAUGUUCUGUACCCAUGUUUUUAGUCUUUCCUAUUAUAUAGUGAUUUUUGAUUAUGCCCACCUGUUUCUUGUUAGUCAUUGUCCUUAAUGUUAUGUAAUAGCCCACACCUGUGCCUUGUUGAAGCCUUCAUUGUGUGUUAAAUGUGCCUGUCCUUGCCCCAUUUCCUUAGAUUUUCAUUAUGUGUUUGCUGCUGGUCUCCUAUGGUUGUUCCUGGUUUUCCUCUCUGCUUUAGUUUUUGUCCUUUACCUGCUUUGUUUUUGACCUUUCAUUGUCCUUGUGUUUCUUGUUUUCAUCCUGAGUUAAUAAAGUUCCAUUUUUAUGAGA